AUGGACAGUAAUACAAGUAAUUGGGGCACAGAAAGCUGGCAGGUUCUCAACACAAACAAUUCGAGCUCAGGUACAAACUCCCCUCGUAUAGUGAACUCAGCAAAGAUAAAGCCUAUUGACACUCCCAAUAAGCAGAGUGUCAUGUUGAUUAAUGAUGAUAAGGAUAUGGAUGUGGACCCUCUAGUACGGGCUAAUCAGUCACAUUAUGAUAAAAGUGAUGGCGUUCAAACCCCACAAGAGAAGGCCUCCUCCUAUACGAUCAAGUUCCAUUCUCCAGUUGGUUUUCAUGAAGGAUCUCCUAAAACUGAUACUAAUCUGUCGUUAAGUUUGAAAUCAUCACCAGCUAAUCCUCAUAUGUCUGAUAUAACCCCUAUAUCCAAAAGACAAGAUGUUGUUGGUAAUACAAAGAAUGCAUUAGACUCUGUGACUGAUAUAAUUGCAGCUACAAAUAGUGGCACUCCAUCUAGAAACCAAUCUGUAUCAGGUAGCUCCACUUCAUCAUUCUUCGACAACGUUUUGAACUCACUACAAUUCAGAUCGAAUUCCGUCUCCAAUUCCAAUUCGCCCCCUCAUGAACCUUCUCAAACGGUACUGUUAAGAGACCCAUCUCAUGGCGUUAAAGAAUAUUUCUAUCAAAGGAGAGCAAGUGCUGCCGACAUAGAAGCAAAUUAUAAUUCUACGAAUUUUGUCAAGGAAACAUAUAAAGAUACUAAUAUUCAUUAUGCUACGAAGGAGAGGAAUGCAGAUUUCCAUUUCAUUUUCACAACUAUUCCUACAUCAGAUCGUCUCUUGGACGAUUUUAUUUGCGUUUUAAAUAGAGAAUUUCCUUACCAGGGAAGUCUUUACAUUUCUGAAAAUCAUGUCUGUUUUAAUUCUACUUUACUUGGAUGGGUGGCCAAAAUUGAAAUUCCAUUACAAGAUAUAAUUUCUUUGGAAAAGACUUCAUCUAAUGGGUUAUUUCCAGGUGGGAUCUCUAUAGUGGCCAAAAACCACGCAAUGAGAACACAAUUUAAUGGAUUCGUAUCGAGAGAUGCCGUAUUUGAAUUAUUGAUAUUGUUAUGGUCCGAUGCAACAGCAGGCACCGAUUUAAUGGGAAGAUCACAAGAAACAAUACUUUCUUCGACGAUGAAUGAUCGUCCCAUAAUGAUUGAUUCCACAUUUACAGAUUUAAUACGUCCAAAUUCUGGUCAUAACAGGAAAAUAUUAAGAGACCCAAGAACAAUAAAUAAUGAUGCAAUAAUAGAUAAGGCAAUAAAUUCAGUGGAUGGUGACGAUGAAGAUGAUGAUGAUGAUGAUGAUACUACCACUGAAGAAGAUGAAGAUGACUCUAGAUCUAAUUCCAACCCAUUGAUUGAUAAACAAAUUACUUUGAAGGAGACUCAGAAAUUUUUCAAAUUUAAAGAAGGAUCGAACUUCCACUAUGAUGGACCUUUCAUUCAUCAUGAAACUGAAUUUCCUUAUGAUCCAGAGAAAAAUGAUGAACAUGUAUUAUCUGAAUUAGAGUUUAAUGGCGCACCAGGUUUAAUUUUCGAAUUAAUUUUCAGUGAAACUAAUCAUUCCUUCUUGUUAGAGUUUUUGAAGAGUCAGGAAUCGUCAGAAAUAUCGCCAAUUGGAUCAUUUGAUAAAGUUGGUAAGGAUGGAUUCCAUUUUAGAGACUAUUCAUACAUUAAGAAAUUAAAUUUUUCAGUGGGACCCAAAUCAACUAAUUGUGACGCCGAAGAGACUCUAAUUCAUCAGGAUAAUUAUGAUUAUAUUAAUAUAGUGAAUACAACAAGAACACCCAAUGUGCCAAGUGGGAAGAGUUUUUCUACUAAGGCAAGGUAUAUGUUCAGAUGGGGUUCAAACACCACAUGUGUCUUGAAGAUUUCCUAUUGGGUGGAUUGGACCGGAUCUAGUUGGAUUAAACCAUUAAUAGAAUCAAGUGUAAAGACAGGGAUGACAUCAUCCACUGAAGAUUUAGUCAAACAAUUGGGUAAAUACGUGGAAGAUUAUGUGGAAGAAGUGGAAGUGGAUGCUUCAAUGUCGACGACUGAAUACGCAGCGGGGUCUAUACGCCACGAGCAACGAAGUGUCGUAUCUGAGAAGAAUAUUUCAUUGAUAGAUGAGAAGAUAUUCAUGAAAGACGAAAGUAUGCGAAAGCAGAUUGAACCCGUCAAACUCAUCAAUCCAAGUGGGAAACACAUAAGAUGGAUAGAAAGGUAUUUGCCCUUCAUCCUUAUUGCAAUAUUGAUUCUAUUUUGCAUCAACGUUUGCUAUAUUAUACAUUUACAACGAACUAUUUCCAGAUUGGAAACCAUGAUAACUAUGCCCAAUCAUUUUCUUGCAACUGAAAGAGAGCCAGUACUUUCCUCCAAAAUAAUUGACAUUCCAGCUAAAUUUGAUAUAUUUAAGCGAUGGAUUCAUAACAACGAAGGUGAGGUCAACAACGAAAAAGUGUUGGAGCAAGUUUAUUUGUUUUUGAGGAGCAUUUUACAAAAGGGUGAUAAUUCUGAAAAAAAUAUGAAGUUUCGGAAGGAAUUAUUGGAAAGGCUAACAAAUUUAAUGAAUUCAUGA